GUGCGUGUGCGUAUGAAAGAGACGGUCCCCGUCGACAAUAUGUAGAAUGCGAGCGGAGCGGUAGAUAGCGAGAGAUGAAUACUAGUAUGUAGGAUGUGUUGAUUGUUGUGCCCGUGCCUACGUUAUAUUUUUUUUUCCGCAUUACGAAUAAUAUUUUUAUAUAAUAAUAUUCACGACAACCGACGAACAGUGCGCUGUGCCCAUCUACUACAUACUAAUUACUACUACUGCUGCUGCUACGCUCGGAUCCGUUUGUCAGAUUUCGUUUUACUUUUUUCUUUUUUUUUUUUUUUUUGAACGUUGUGGGCAACGGAAUUCGUCCGGAUAUUGUUGUUUCCUCGCAAACACAGCAUUCGGAUGACGGCGUGAAACGUUUUCGCGUCACCGACUAUGAGCGCUCACCAUCCAGAUUUCGGGAAAUGACCAUGAGAGGAAAUUAUGAGUUGGAUUCCGAGAAAAAUACAACUGGUAAUCGUUUCGAUUCUGAUCAUAGCCGAGACGGUGUAUUCUUACGCAGACAGUACCGGUGCACCAGAAAAGUGUAAUGAAUCGCGUUCAGAUUGUCUGAAAUGUGAUGUCGAUGGCAUUUGUAAGAAAUGCAGAAAGGUAUUGAUUGUAGCUACAGGUCAAUGCGCUGAAACUUGUCCGUCAGGCUACGAACACUCAUGGUCUACAAAUGAUCAUCAAAUGGGCCGUGUGUGCUCAUUAACUGAUAAUAUCUUCUUUGGUAGUAUUAGACUAUCAGGUCAAGUUGUUGCAAUCGCUAUUGGUGUUGUCAUCGGAGUUCUUAUAGUUACAACUAUUUUAAUAAUUGUAGGAAUGGUGGUCAAAUUUAAAAAAUGUUCUAAUCUUAGAUCAAAAUCUCGUAUGUCGCCAAGUUUAGGACCUUUGAAUAGUGGUUCUCACCGAAGUCAAGAAAGUGAUGACUGUGAUCGAUUAGAGUUUUUCAAACAGUUGGAAAAGUUAAGACCUGAAGCACCAGUGUUUUUGUCAAUGUUAAAUGAAACUAGAAAACAGGUACGAGAACUUCGAGGGCCUACCCGACAACAUUCUGCAAUACAAGCAUAUCGACCUGUUUUAAAAGACUUAUCUAGAAUUUUAAUAUUACUUAACAAAGAAGAUUGUUUUUUAAAUCCUCCUACUGACUGGGAAAUUUUAUUGGCUUGGGGUGAUAGAGUUCUACGAAGAUACAAAAAGCAACAUCCUAUUAUGAUUACUCAAACUAAUACUGAGCAUUUUAAUGACAAACCAAUUCAGUUAACUACAUUUACAAAUAGUAAAAGACACAGGCCAUUAUCAGCUUCUUCAUCAUCACCGUCUCGUUUUAAACAACUUGCAAUCUCAGUUUUUGAUGAUAACUAUAAUGAUCACAACAGACAUCCAGAUGAGAAUGACGAGGUGAUCAUGUUACGAGAUAAGACUGUAUCAAGUUUUGGUCGAUCCACUAGUCCCGCUUCUCUUUCCUUGUUAGAAGCAAAUGCAUCUAAAAGUAUGUUAGUUGCUGAAUGGAAUGCUGAAAUGCCACCUUAUAAUUGUUACUCAACUACUACUGAUGAGGAUGAUUUCUUCACUCUUGGUUUCAGACCACAAGAUGAAAUAACAACAGAACUUUAGCAUUCACUAUUGGUUUGUACAUCACUUUUAUUUAUCUAAUUUGUUAAAAGUAUGGUUGUUGAUUUUUCCGGUUAAGGGAUCAACUACCAAAACUAUUACUAAAUUAUGUAUAAGUUGUAUUUUAUAAAUUGUUUUUAUUGUACCAAAAAGAAUAUCAAAUCCAUAUAUUGUA